AUGGCCCACUUUUCACACUUGCUUGCUACCAACUACAAGACAUUAAUUAGUCAAUAUCUCGAAGAAGAUGUUCCUUCCUUUGAUUAUGGUGGUUAUGUUGUAGGAGAAGAUGAUCAAGUAGCUGUUCUUUAUAUGAAAGCAGAGGGUGUUAUUGCCGGUGUUCCCUUUUUUGAUGAAGUGUUUAGACAGCUUGAUUGCAGAGUAGAGUGGCUCAUGCAAGAAGGUGAAUAUGUGAAGCCUGAAAGUAAACUUGCUGUUGCCAAGGUUUAUGGUAAGGCGCGCAAUAUACUGCUGGGUGAGCGUACAGCAUUAAAUAUCCUUUGUCGAUGCAGUGGUAUUGCCCUUAGAGCACGCAAGGUUCGUGAACUGCAAGACAGCUUAGGAUUCAAGGGCACCAUUGCUGCCACUCGCAAGACUACACCAGGCUUCAGACUCGUCGAAAAGUACGGUGUGCUCGUAGGAGGAUUAGACACCCAUCGUAUGGACCUUUCAUCCAUGGUCAUGCUUAAAGACAAUCACAUCUGGAGCUCAGGAUCUAUCACAAAGGCUGUUCACAAUGCUCGUAAGGUAUGUGGAUUCGCAUUAAAGAUCGAAGUCGAGUGUCAAAGUGAACAAGAAGCAGAUGAAGCAAUUGCAGCUGGUGCUGAUAUUGUCAUGCUCGAUAACUUCACCCCAGAAGGGCUAAAGAUUGCAUCCAAGAGUAUUAAGGAACGUUGGGCUGCAAAGAACAAGACACACUUUUUAAUCGAAAGCAGCGGUGGUAUCACCUAUGAGACGUGUGCACAAUACUUUUGUCCAGAUAUUGAUAUCCUUAGCAUGAGCACAAUCACUCAAGGCGUUCCUCAUGUUGACUUUUCUCUCAAAAUUGAUAAAAAGCAUUAAAGAGUCAUCAUCCAAUAAGAUUGUCGAUUUUUUUUCUUUUUUCUUUUUUUU